AUGUCUCUUCCGUCGACUUCUCAAGCUGCUCCGAAUGCUCAAGAGCUUCAAGAUCCGGCGACAUUCGUCAUGCCGCGCAUUAAACGUUUGUCAUUCGAACAGUUUCGGUUUAUAAAUGUUUGAUUUCAGGCGAGAUCAUUGACGCGGAUAAUGAGAAGCAACCGGAAAGAGAAGAAGAAGUUUCGCCGGUCGAGCUGGAGCCCCCAACGAGAGAUCACGUUACGAUCAAGAGUAAGUCUUUUGUCAAGUUCUCAUACGGCCAACGAUUUUCACUAGUGACUUUUCUGAUGUACGCGAAAAUUUAUGAAAAACAUGUCGCGGAAGAUCAAAUAAAUGAGCCGUUUUGCAGAAGAGCCGAUGACGCAAGAGGAGAGAGACGAAGAGCUCAAGGAGAUGUUCUUGAGAUCCUCCGAAAAAAUGGGUUGGUACUUGAAGAUUUGUCCUCGUCUCUCAUGACUCAUGACUGUACUUUUCAGCCGAGGUGUUCACGUCCAGGCAACAAUUGAUGAAGAAAUGUGAAAAUGAUGCUCUGUUCGGUAAGUAGUCAUUUUAACACGACUUCACAGGGUUCAAUUUCAGCACAACAUAUGGAUGAUGAAAGAAGAGAAAGUGUGGAGGAGAUUCUGGAAGAGGCGAAUCGGCUGCGAAUAGAGAACGCGCCGGAGAGAGAGAUGGAGGAGAGGUUGGAGAGGGAACGGAAGGAGGUCGAAGAGUUGGAAACCCUCAAUAUGGAGCGGUCCGAAGCGAUGCGGAUCGAGAAGCAGCAGCUUCUCGCGCAGCUGUCUCGUCUGCAAAGUAAGUGAUGAACGUUUCGUUACCUCAUUUAGCUCGAACCCUUUCAGAUCAGUCGAGCUACCUCGAGAGCAUGUUGGCGCCGCCAGCUCUCGCUCCUCCGGCACUCCCGUCGCCGUCCGGAGAGGGGCAGGCCGCUUUGCGUGAGGCGGCGACGGCCCGCGCCCAAGUCUGCGCGCUCUACCGCAAUCCGAACGCCGGUAACUUUUUUCCCCAUCACAACAUCCAUGCGCCAAUCGUUAAUUUCAGUGAAGAAUUGCCUGUUCAACCCGUCAAAAGGAGGCCCGCUGCCGCAGGAAGUGUGCGCACUUCCGAGAAGUUUCAGCAUCUUCUCGUUUGUCGGAGGCCGCGGACCGUACACCGAGAGGGAUCCCACAGUUUGGGAUCCUCUGAUCAGGCAGUGGUCCGACGAGGUGAACCUGGAACGGGAGUUCCAGAAGCAACACGGGUGGAUCAAGAUGAAGGCGUCACUGCGGGUACGUUAAGACAGUACUUGAUUUAGAGCUUAUAAUUAUAUUUACAGCGUGGUCCGCACAGAAGAGGACCAUACGAGGUCGACAAUUGA